CCCGCCCCCGCCCGUGCGCGCUGGCAGCCAGGGGAGGCGUGUGCUGCUCCUGCAGCCAGCUAGAGAGCGAGACUGGGAUGGAUACUGGAGAAGGAAUCCAGGCUUAACAAGUGAUCGCUGCUGUCUAGGAUUUUGAGUCUUUUUCGGGGGAACCUUGACUUCCGUUCCCAGUCCAGGUCUGCUGUGCCGAACUCCAGAAAAGCCAGGAAUCUCCGGGGUCUACCUUUGGGGCGUCCCUAAUCCCCACCUCUGGGCUCCAGUAUCGAGGACUCUGUGACACCCCCUACCCCGGCCAAGGCGACAGAACUUGUUCCGUGGAUAUUUGGAAGCCUCCACCUGCCAAAUCCGAGUGAUUUCUUGUAUGUACUGCGCCCCCACCCCCCACGAUUCUGCCCCUCCUCCAGCUGUUGCAGCUUGAGGGGAGAAAACAAAUCACCGGGAAUUUUUUUCUCUGUUUUUAUUUUUUCUCACUUGCUGGGAACGGUGAAGUGCUUCUUCUGAAUGAGUCUAGCCACAGGAUGGUCUUCAUUUCCUGAUUUCUAUGGAGACCUCAGAGUUGGGUUUGCCAUUGCUGGAAUCUCAUCUUCCACCCUCCCAGCCUUCCGAGGUCUUUGCGUCUAUCUACAACUGGGCAUUGUCUGUGGGUCCAUGAAGUCUUGAUGAUCAUAGAGAGAGCCUGUGAAAUCAUCCUCACAGACUGAGCGGCAAUGGUUGGACACAUUGUAAGCCACAUCUUAACAUGGGUCAAGCCAUCCCUAGAAGGCAAGUGCUAAGACUAAAGACUUAAUUUGCAUUUUAUUUAAAUUGGAUGGACUGGGCUUUGGACAAUUUCCAUGCAGAAAAAUUGUAUUUCAUUUUUCUAGGCACAACUUCUGGCUGUCAGAUACUUGCUGCCUUUGAGUCUCGUAGCAUCAUCACCAACUGCAUCCCAGACAUUCUUCCAGAUUUGCACAUCUAUCCCCAAACACGUAGGUGUUCGGGAGACCGCAACAUUUCCUGACUUAGGUUUGAGGAGCACUAGGCUGUUGUCUAGACUAGCCAAGCUCUGGAAAGCAACUGCCGAAUCUCUGAGAAGAGGGAGCAUGGGGUGUGCUGAUUUAAAAACAGAAAAUGCAAAGUUGGACUGAAAAUAUCCUAAGUCUUCCAGGCAAUCUGCUUAAGGCUUCCAAACUUACCUUAAUUUGGUAAGAAAAUAAGCUGCCCUAUUUUUCUUUCUUCUUCUCUUACAACUGGAACCAGCCAUUUCCCAAAACCACCACCAUGGAGGUUGCAAUGGUGAGUGCAGAGAGCUCAGGGUGCAACAGUCAUAUGCCUUAUGGUUAUGCAGCCCAAGCCCGGGCCCGAGAGAGGGAGAGGCUUGCUCACUCCAGGGCGGCGGCGGCUGCUGCUGUAGCAGCUGCCACCGCUGCUGUCGAAGGCACUGGGGGUUCUGGCGGAGGCCCCCACCAUCAUCACCAGACGCGUGGGGCCUACUCCUCCCAUGAUCCUCAAGGUAGCCGAGGUAGUCGGAGGAGGAGGCAUCAGCGAACCGAGAAGAAGAAACUCCACCAUCGGCAGAGCAGUUUUCCUCAUUGCUCAGAUCUGAUGCCCAGUGGCUCUGAAGAGAAGAUCCUGAGAGAAUUGAGCGAGGAAGAGGAAGACGAGGAGGAGGAUGAGGAGGAGGAAGAGGAGGGAAGGUUUUACUAUAGUGAGGAUGACCAUGGGGACGGGUGUUCAUACACAGACCUGCUGCCUCAGGAUGAUGGGGGUGGUGGUGGCUACAGUUCAGUCCGCUACAGCGACUGCUGUGAACGUGUGGUGAUAAAUGUGUCCGGGCUACGAUUUGAAACCCAGAUGAAAACGUUGGCCCAGUUUCCAGAAACUCUGUUGGGAGACCCUGAGAAGAGGACUCAGUACUUCGACCCUUUGCGCAAUGAGUAUUUUUUUGAUAGGAACAGGCCCAGCUUUGACGCCAUUUUAUAUUAUUACCAAUCAGGAGGCCGCCUGAAGAGGCCAGUCAAUGUCCCCUUUGAUAUCUUCACUGAGGAGGUGAAGUUCUACCAGUUGGGAGAGGAAGCCCUGCUCAAGUUCCGCGAGGACGAGGGCUUUGUGAGAGAAGAGGAGGACAGAGCUCUGCCCGAGAAUGAAUUUAAGAAACAGAUUUGGCUUCUCUUUGAAUAUCCGGAGAGUUCUAGCCCUGCCAGGGGCAUAGCCAUUGUAUCUGUCCUGGUCAUCUUAAUCUCUAUCGUCAUCUUUUGCCUGGAAACCUUGCCAGAGUUCAGGGAUGACAGGGACCUCAUCAUGGCCCUGAGUGCAGGUGGGCAUAGCAAGUUGUUGAAUGACACAUCGGCGCCCCACCUAGAGAACUCGGGGCACACAAUAUUCAACGACCCGUUCUUCAUCGUGGAGACAGUGUGUAUUGUGUGGUUUUCCUUUGAGUUUGUGGUCCGAUGCUUUGCUUGCCCCAGCCAAGCUCUCUUCUUCAAAAACAUCAUGAACAUCAUUGAUAUUGUCUCCAUUUUGCCUUACUUCAUCACUCUGGGCACCGAUCUGGCCCAGCAGCAAGGAGGUGGCAACGGCCAGCAGCAGCAGGCCAUGUCCUUUGCCAUCCUCAGGAUCAUCCGUCUGGUCCGAGUGUUCCGGAUCUUCAAGCUCUCCAGACACUCCAAAGGCCUGCAGAUCCUGGGCCACACCCUCAGAGCCAGCAUGCGGGAACUGGGUCUUCUUAUCUUUUUCCUCUUCAUCGGGGUCAUUCUCUUUUCCAGUGCUGUCUAUUUUGCAGAAGCCGAUGAACCCACUACUCAUUUCCAAAGCAUACCGGAUGCGUUUUGGUGGGCUGUGGUCACCAUGACAACUGUGGGCUAUGGGGACAUGAAGCCCAUCACAGUGGGAGGAAAGAUUGUGGGGUCCCUGUGUGCCAUUGCGGGUGUCUUAACCAUUGCUUUGCCUGUGCCAGUAAUCGUGUCUAACUUUAACUACUUCUACCACAGAGAGACUGAAAAUGAGGAACAGAGCCAGUUGACACAGAAUGCAGUCAGUUGCCCAUAUCUCCCUUCUAAUUUGCUCAAGAAAUUCCGGAGCUCGACUUCUUCAUCCCUGGGGGACAAGUCAGAGUAUCUAGAGAUGGAAGAAGGGGUCAAGGAAUCUUUAUGUGGAAAGGAAGAGAAGUGUCAGGAAAAGGGGGAUGACAGCGAGACAGAUAAAAACAAUUGUUCUAACGCAAAGGCUGUGGAGACCGAUGUGUGAGUCGUUUUCCCCACCUGGCACUGCCCCAUCUCCAAAUACAUUCAUGCAUAGAGAGUGCAGUUAUGAAAAUGAAAUAUGCAAAUGAUUGCACUGCAUACAGUAGUACGCUGUUUAAUGGUAAUACACGGCAUAAUUGUGACUAAAUUUGUAUUGCAUAUCAAAUAAAUGAUACAUCUUGGAGAAGAGGGAGGCUUAAAUAGAGUAGAUCUAUCUUUAUAUUUUUUAAUAGAAUGCAAGAAUUUUGCACAUAAGGGGAAAAUGUUAAUAGUAAAGAUGGUCCUGAGGAGUGUGUGUGUGUGUGUGUGUGUGUGUGCGUGUGUAAGAGCGUGUGUGCACAUGAGUAUGUAAGUAAAUUGUCAACAUGUUGGGAAUUGUGCUGUGAUGGAAAAGUUGGCAUUCUGAAGUAUUUACUAUGUAAGAACUAAUGAAUUUGAGCAGUCUUUUAUCAGUGUUUUAAUAACGUCUCCUAUGUCUUUGGAUUCUGUAGUUGUUUUUCUAGAAAUUGUAAGAAUUACUGUGUAGAAAAAAGAGAAAGUAAAUUAUUUAAUAGAAUAUAGGUCACAAUUUAAUCUUGGAUUUAAUUAAAGUUUAUUUUUAACUGGAAAUUAACUUUUGAAAAGGCUGCAGGGGCCUUUAGAAAUUGAUUAUAUUUUAUUAUUAAUUUUGGGGAGGUAUAAUAGCAAAUGCCUAACAUUCUGAAGGAAAUGUAACAAAUUCUGUUCACAGGUCAUAAGACUGGAUUUUUUGUUUCCUUUGCACUACUUCCUAUGCUGAAGACUGAGAGAGACUUCGUACUGUGAAUGUUUACUAAUGUACCAGUCAGUUCAAUGACAAUCAUUGGAGGAAUGGUUUCUUAGUCUUUUUUUUAAUCAUUCUUUUUCUCUUGUGAGACUAAUGACCACACAGAUAACAGCACAUGAUUCCUGUUUUAAAAUCUGAAUAACUGAUCUACAAAGGGACUAUGUAGUAAAAUUCAGCAGCUGAAUCUUUUGAAAUUGGUUUGCUACAAUGUUGCUUCAGAAACCAUACUAUUUUAAAUACUAUUAUGCCUUUUAAGUCCAGAAUAAUUUAACCAAAGUUAUUGCAUGCACAGAAAGAGUUCUUGAAGAAAUAAGGCACCCAGCAGCUACAGCGAUUAUGGCUUAAGAUCUUUUUUUUAUUAAAUAUGCAAGAAAAUACUAGAUUUAAGUCCAUUUUGUGUAUGUGUGUAUGUGUGCAACUACAAAAAAAAAACCCAAAACACAAACUGUGGGGAUUCACCUCAAAUGCUAUCGCACUCUACUAACACUGAGCUAGAGAGGAAUGGUUCGAGAAUAUUUGCUUUCUUCAUCGCUGUUGUAAUCAAUGUCAUGUUUCCCCAGGUGGUUUCUGAGGACUACGCUUCCAUCUAACUUACAACAGGUAUUCCUGAAUUUGAGGUAGCACAAAUUGAUGAGCCUUAUACCACUGUAUCACCAUGAAAUACAUCUCAGAUCACGUAACAUAAACACAUAAGAGGUCUUACUCUACUAUAUAUAUAUCCAAUCAAAACAAAAUAAAAUAUUCUUUACAAAUGGUUGCCCGAGAAUUGUGGGAAAAUCCCAUGCCCACUAUUUCAGCCUGCAACAAACUUCACAGAUGUAAAUAAAACCCAAUAAACCAAAAACAAACAACAAAAGAAACAUCCCACAUGUACUUGGGACUUUCGGCCCAGAAAAAUCACUGGAUACAUUCUACUUCUCCUUUAAUGGUAUUUGAAGUGAGACGCAUUCACAUUCCAGCCAACCAAUGCCUCUCUUCCUGUCUUCUCGCUACACUCAUGGGAAAAUACUUUGCUAGAAUUCCAUCUGGAGAAGGAAAGGCAGCAAGCAGCAGAGGUGACUGAAAGACACGGUGGCACCUUGUGAUUAGAAUUCCAGAAAUGACAUUCUGAUUCUAAUACAUUGUUUUACAGCAAAACGUAAUGAGUCUUUGACAGGCAUGGCCAUAAUCCCUUUGCAAAAGUCACUUAGACAUGUCUGUACCUCAUUUUCUUUUUUAAUGAGUAGAAAAGCAGAUUAAAUUACAGGAUUUGGGAAAGCAAAGGAAAGCUUGAAAACUCUGAAAUGUUGACUUUAAUUCAGGUAAAGGGCAUUCAUUGAGCAUUUUGUAGAAGUAACAGUAAGUCUUUGUCUGUGAUAAGGAGGGAAGCGUUCUGUAUUUCUUUCUUUUGCAUCUCCUUUCUAAAUGGGAAAAAAUAUAUUAAGUUUAUUUGAUGAUGUGAAUUAUAUCGAUAAUCCUGAGACUUCAUAAACUAUACAUAAUUAAGAAUUUUGGGGCUCCUUUUAUCUCAUAGAGUCUUUUUUUUAGGGAACCCGAUGUUCAGUUGUGUGCUUUGAAACCAAAUAUUAGAUUGUCAUUCAAAAUUUGUUUUCCUCCAUGCAAGAUGCAUUUAUCUUAGGGUGGGUGGGAUUAAUUCUAUCUCAAGAAGAAAACUUUGAGGUCCUUUGCCUUGACGGUGGGCAUCUCUGCAGGUAGCUUGUCUUCACAUGCAAGUCGGCUGUUCAGUUCAGCUGUGAAUUGGGAGUGAGUCCCAAGUCCGAGCUAUGCAAAGUGCGUUAGAACCUUUGUGAAGAUUUCCUCCCAGGGAAACCGCAGCUGUGCAACCGAUUCAGGAAUCUUUAUUUUCUUAGAUGCCACCAUACAGGUUUGAAAUACGUACAGGUUCACUACUCAGGAAAGAAAAACAGCAGUGAUCCCCUUCAAGAUCAGGAUGCUUGGGAUCAGAGGUCCCUUUCAGAUGAUGGUAUCCAGACCACACCGUCUGAAUGUCAGCUUAAUCAGGAUCCUUUCACAGGUGGUUGCACUGUUAUUUCUCACAAACUCUUGAGAAGGAAGCAGUGAGACCUAACGGUUAUGAGGAAGAAAGGAAGAGUAGACAAUGUUUCCAUUUCUGUAGAAGGGAGGUGGUGCCUGAGGACUGGCGACUGAUCCAGAGAAUCUGAGAACUGUGGACAGACGGUGUCAUUUGACUCUUAGGCUUCAUUAUU